UCCCAUAGUGCCGCACCUACCGGAUCUGGAAGGGGUGGCCGGGUAUGUGUGCGUGUAGUGAAGCAACGCUGGUAUUUCGUUUGAAAGAAGCUGCGCAGAGAAGUCCUGGAAGAUGUCUGACGAUGAAGGCGCCCCCCCCAUGGCGAAGAAGUCUCGUAUCUAUUACGGGAGCCUGGAGGAGCGCGAGCGCGAGCGGCUGAGCAAGGGGGCUGGGGGCUCUCUGGGCAGAGAGGCGGUCCGUGCCGGGAUAGACGCAGGGAACAUUAACCUGGCCAGCGGCGAGGCGUUCGAUAUUGAAGACCACGUCAGCGAGCGGCAAGCGGAGGUGCUGGCGGAGUUCGAGCGCAGGAAGCGGGCACGGCAGAUCAAUGUGUCCACGGAUGACGCCGAGGUGAAGGCGUGUCUGCGUGCUCUUGGGGAGCCAAUCACGCUGUUCGGGGAGGGGCCGGCAGAGCGCAGGGAGAGGCUGCGCAAUAUCCUGUCUGUGGUCGGGACGGACGCUCUGAAGAAGUCUAAGAAGGAGGACGAGAAGUCAAAGAGACCGCAGGACGAGUUCCAGCAGACCUGGUACCACGAGGGUCCCGAGACCCUGAAGGCUGCCCGGCUCUGGCUGGCACGCUACUCGCUGCCCAGGGCGAUGGAGAGACUGGAGGAGGCCAGAAACCUAAAGGAGGUUCCGGAGGCGUCGCGCACGGCACGGCAGCAAGAGAGGCACACGACCCUGCGGGGCCUGAAUAACUUCUGCAGCCAGAUUGGUGACGACCGGCCCAUCUCUUUCUGCCAGUUCAGCCCCAACUCCAAGCUGCUGGUCACAGCGUCAUGGAGUGGACUCUGCAAGCUGUGGUCUGUUCCAGAUUGCAGCCUGAUUCGCACCCUCAGAGGUCACAACACCAACGUGGGCGCCAUUUCCUUCCACCCCCAGGCCACUGUCUCCCUGGACGAGAAGGACGUCAACAUGGCUUCCUGCGCCGCCGAUGGCUCUGUGAAGCUGUGGAGUCUCGACAGUGACGAGCCCGUAGCCGAUAUCGAGGGGCACACUGCCAGGGUCGCCAGGGUCAGCUGGCACCCCUCCGGCAGGUUUCUGGGCACCACCUGCUAUGAUCACUCGUGGCGCCUCUGGGACCUGGAGGCUCAGGAGGAGAUUCUGCACCAGGAGGGGCACAGCAAGGGGGUGCACGACAUCGCCUUCCACCCCGACGGUUCGCUGGCUGGGACUGGGGGUCUGGAUGCGUUCGGCCGGUUGUGGGACCUGCGCACCGGACGCUGCAUCAUGUUCCUGGAGGGACACCUGAAGGAGAUCUACGGGCUCAGCUUCUCCCCCAACGGGUUCCACGUGGCCACGGGAAGUGGAGACCACACCUGCAAGGUCUGGGACCUGCGGCAGAGGAAGUGCAUCUACACGAUCCCCGCCCACCAGAACCUGCUGUCUGGGGUCAGGUUUCAGCCCACUGACGGUCACUUCUUACUGACCGGCGCCUAUGACAACACCGCCAAAGUGUGGACGCACCCGGGCUGGUCUCCGCUGAAGACACUGGCCGGGCAUGAGGGCAAGGUGAUGGGGCUGGACAUCUCUCUGGACGGGCAGCUCAUCGCCACCUGCUCCUACGACCGCACCUUCAAGCUGUGGAUGUCAGAUUAGCAGCCCGGACAUGUGUGCAGGCUGCUGUCCCGCUGUACUCUCACGAAGCUGGGCGCCACUGCAGAGGAUCCCAGAGCUUCUCUUCCUUACUCUGGCCUUUUAUUCUUUAUUUGCAGUUGAAAAAACAAAACUUCCCCCCACCACCACCAAUCCAUAUACAUGAGAGUGUGUUCCAUUGCAGCUCAUGAACAGGCUUCACUGGAACUGAGGCUGUUAGAGGUAGAAUCUGAAAUGAGUCAAACUGCUCUGCAGUGGUAGCCUUGUUUGCAUUGUUACAGCUGAGAUUUUCCUGUAGCCUGUAAUUGUAUUCAGAUCUCAUUGUGUCUGCAAUGUAUUCAUUCAAACCUAGCAUUGGGGUUGCUUUAGCAAACAUUUAGCAAAAUAGCAUGUAUGUGUUUAUUAUAAAAAAAAAAAAAAAUCACUUGUACAGAA